UCGUGCGUGCGCGCCCCUUGUGUCCCGUGUCCUGUACCAGUGCUAGUUUUUAAAUUUGUUUCUUCCACCAAUGUUUCUCUCGCUACUCCCAAUGUACACGUCAUUCAAAUUGGCUUUCAUUAUAGAUAAUCAUUAAAAAUAAAAAAUCGCACGGUUCCAUGCAGACGAGUGCAUAAGUCUAAAACAAAAUCUUCGGUCAACCUUAUUCUCACUGUCUUUGCUACGAUAAGAAAACACACGCUGUAAAAUUCUGACAGGACGCACUAUAUAUUUAUUCACAACAAAUUCGUUUCGACAUAAACAGUACAGGAUUUACAGGGCCACGUAUUCUAUCCCACCAUCUCGAUCUGCCUGCUAGCUGUCAGGCUGCUGCCCGCUUCUCGGGAGUCCUCUAUCUCUCUUUUCUUCUAUCCUCUCUCUCUCUCUCUAUCUCUUCUAUACUAGUCUGACAUAUACACGCUCGCCGCGACGUAACUUCACUAGCACACAGUAUUACUUCCUGGCGAGGGGUAGGCGUAAAAAGAGGAUACGUGCAGGGACGUGCGCGUGUUCUUGAGUGUGCUUAGAAUUUGGACUCAAUUUAUUUUUAGUCAGGAAGAACGUGAAGACUGAGUGGAAAAGAGUACCUGUUAUACAGUGACGUUUUUUCAAUUGAUUCUACUCGAGGGAAUUAUAAAAGCGAAGGAAGGAGAGAGUAGAGUGUACUCGGUGAUGAUGGUCACGCGCGUAUGACGCGAGCUUGACGUAAGAACGGUCGGGUUGUUUUCUUUUUUCUAUUCACUCGCUGUCUCAAGAGUCUUUCUUUCAUCAGGUAGAACAUAACGAACGAGUUUUGUAAUUACCGGGACAACGCCAAUUUGCAACGUGAGAAAUAGUGCGCACCGUCUCCUCCUACGGUCCUAGAUGGGGACAAAGAGAGCAGCACGGUGUCAUGACGACGCUGCUCGCAAUUGCCGCCGUCAGUCCGUAGCGCGUGCUCGCGGGCAGUGAUGGCCAGACGCGUUUCUCUACUAGAGAACCCGAGAGGAAAUAUCCGUCGAUUUGUUAUGAGGAGGUAGAGAGAGGGAGUAGCAGUAUUGCUUCGACUGUAGUUUCGUCGCGUUUAGUGUACGCGUGUUCGUAAUACCAGACUUGAGAAGUUUUGACGCACGUGGUGGAAGGACAUGAGAAGUUGAGAAACCAAGAGAAACCUAAAAAAUGAGUGACAAGAGAUAGAGCGUGAGGAAGAGGAACGCGACACGCUAAAUGGACAGAGAUAGAAAGCAGAUGAAAGUAGUGCACAGUGACGAGUGGCAAGAAGAGUAAGGAAGUGAAAGUAAGAACGAAGAAGGAAAAAGGAAGGGAAAGAAGAAAGAUUGUGAGAAUCGUCUGAAGGAGGGUAGAAGUGAAGCAAAGAAGGAAGAGAAGAAAUAUAACAAAAAAAGAAAGUAAAGAAGACGGGCCUUGUUAAUCGUGUGCGAUUUUACGAGUCCUCUUUUUCUUCUUCUUCCUCUUACCUUGUCUUUGCCCGAAGUUGGCUUCCGCUUGUUUCAAUUUUUCUGUGCCCGUCCUCUGUCUCGCACGAGCUGGAUCAGUAACCAGUAUCCGCCAUCCGUAAGUGCUACAGUGCUCGCGUUUCCAACAGUGUUUUUAUCAUCAUCGGCUCCUUAUAUUGCGCGUAUUAAUUUCCGUGUCAAUAAUUCGUCACGUUUUUGACGGGACCGAUUGAGAGUGGUUACGUCCUGGGAAUGAAGACGUACCGUUGCGCAUGCAGUGCCGGAUCGUUUCGCGCUUUCAAGGAGCACUAAACGACACGAAAAUUACACCAAAUCAGGAAAAUAUGAGCAUUGCUGCCCUCCUGCAGGCCGCCGAGUACAUUGAACGAAGGGAAAGGGAAGCUGAACAUGGCUAUGCUUCGUCCAUGCCGAUACCCGACGAUCUGCGGACGGUCAUCAAGAGGCCAAAGACGAAAAAAUCCCAGGGCAGCAGGACUACCCAUAACGAGCUGGAGAAAAAUAGGAGAGCUCACCUCAGAAAUUGCCUCGAAAAGUUGAAGGUGUUGGUACCACUGGGCCCUGAGACCUCGAGGCACACCACGCUGGGUCUUCUGACCAAGGCCAAGCGUUUUAUCAAGAGUUUGGAAGAGCGCGAAAGAAAGCACGCAGUACACAAAGAACAGCUGUCCAGGGAGCACAGGUUCCUCAGACGAAGACUCGAGCAGCUCACAAGUCAAACGGGUCUUCACGGUCUUCACGGUCUUCACGGUCUUCACGGUCUUCACGGAUUGCAUGGACUCGGCUCGAAUGCCCCAACGGGCUCAUCUUGCGGCUCAGCAGCUGCAGCGGCCGCACUGCUGUCCAAGAGACGCAGCGUGUCCGAGUGCUCGGUUGGCACAGCAUCCUCGACCAGCUCGACGGCCAGCUCCAGGAACUCCGACAGGUCUGCGGGCAGCCCCUCGGUCUCGGAGUCCGAUGAGGUGGACGUGAUUGGCUACACGAGCAACCAGUCGGACACGGAUGACCAUAGCAGCGUGCAGAGCAGCAGCGACAGCGGCGUCACGAUGUCCACCUCCAGGUUGACCCUUUCCGAAAUGAUGGACAAUCUCUAGAUAAAGAGGCGGCUAGGGGGCGGCAGGAGGUGGAGAGGGAGCAUCUGAAAAAAAGAACUCCAUCAGGCCUGCAAGACGUGAGUGCUGCUAGCAUUGACAGGGAGAAAGGACUACCAGGAGGAACAUGUUUAUAUACAAAUGCGUACAUAUAUGUAUAUUUACCUUGCGGCCCUAAGAACCUGUACGCUGUUUUUGUAUGUAUGUCUCUGCAUACAAUAUGUACAUAUAUACGUAUGAGUAUAUAGAUGCGUGUGCGGUUUUGAGAGAGGAGCGUAAGGAGUGACAAGGAUGGAAAAGGAAAAAGAGGGAGGGUGUGCAUGUGUGCGAGAGAGCAAGAGAGCAAGAGAUUGGGAGGAAUUUAUUUCCUUGAGAGAAAUCUUUCGAAUGGAGUGACGAAACCAGAAGGAAUGCUCAUCUGAAUCCCUACCGCCAAUACUGCAGAGCUACCCUAUGUAUACCUAUUUACGUGCGACAGAGCAUUAUUCGUACGACACAAUAACACGACGGGUAAGGGAGAGACACGUCGUUGGGUUAUAUCUUUUUAAAUGCGUGAACGAGGAUUUCGCGUUAAUUAUACAAGUGGAAAGCGAUGCGACAACUGAAGUACGAAGCGAACGUUGAAUUAUAAUGGCAGAGGAAAAGCGAACGCUCAGGGGAGCCAAGGCGGAUAUAUAUGAGUAAGCGCGGCAGGAAAUGACCGUGCCAAGCACCGCGAAGCAUUAUGUGUAAAUUAUUGAAUGCUAAUGUGUAAAAUUAUUGUAAAUAUUUUUAAAGUUAUGUCGAAUUGAAAAUUUGUGAUUGAGAACGCUAGAGAGAAGAGAAUGACAGGAAGAUACGAUGAAGGGGGGAAUGAUACGAUGAAGGGGGUAUAGGAAAUGUCUGUAUGAGAAAGGUGUGGGAUGCUCUGAGGAGAGGGGAGCGAGAGGCUGAAGGAAGUAAAGGAUCUUAGACUUUCUAGAAACACGAAAGAUGAGGGUCAGAAAGAGGGCGAAUACGCGAGAGUGAAAGUCGUGGAAAGGGAGGCAUGAGAAAAUUGAGAAAAAUACAAUUCGAACGUCCCGCGGUAGGACUUGUCAAAUAUGAGAGUGCUGCUAGAGGUUUGAAUUUUGAAAGGAAAAAAAAAAAAUUUUUGAGCAGAAGGAAGACGUAGAAGAGGAAGAAAAAAUUAUCUCCGCGUUGGAGAUUAAAAAAAAAAAAACUGAAUAAUUGUAGAGCUACCUUAUUUUAGAUUAUCGUCCGAGACAACAAUUGGAGUAAAAAAUGCGCGACAGAAAAAAAAAGAGAGAAAACUGUAUCCAUUGAUUUUUAAUUUGUAUUUCUUGUUCGCUAAUUUUUUUUUUUAACUUUUACGUGAAACAACCUUAUCAUCGUUGUGUACUGUAUUAAUACCGCGUCACGCCUGUAGAUGACACCAGUGUGUACACGGAUGAUUAAACGCGGAUUUCUUUAAUUCACUUGCGGCACCGUGUCUUGAAAGGUUCUUCGGCAAAGCGAAGUCGAAACGACGGAAAGCCGCGGCUAUAUUGCUUUCUUUCUUUAUCUUGAUAUAAUUAUUUAUAUUUAUUUUACCUUUUUUCCAUUUGUAUUUUUGUCAAGCUUCUAUUUGCGGUACGUGUGGCUACGUUCGAGACCUUAUUUAUUUUCAGGGUUUUUUUUUUCUUUCUAAAAUGGCAGGUAUCCUUAAAAAAGCGAGGAGCCACUUCUUUGCUUACGUCACUACAUCCCUAACGUGGCACGUGAAUAUUCUACGUUGUUUAUUAUCCCCAUACAUCUUUAUUUUAACACAAUGCGAUUAAGUCAGUUGUCAAAAAGCAACAAAGGGCUAGAAGCUAUAAAAGUGGUGCGUGAAGAAAAAAAAUUGUACCGUUAAUGGAAGUUCGCUAUUCAGUCAGUAGUCGGUCGCAUAAAAAUAGCUUAUACACGCGACUACACGCCAAUUAUGGGAAGAGUACAUGAAGAAGUGGCUAAUGUAAAUUUUUACUAAAGAGAUAAAAUGGAAAUUAAAAGGGACUACAGGGUGGUGAUGUUAUGCUGCAGGCGAAGAAAGAGCAAAAGUGUGAAAGUCAAAGCAACCAAUGGGAUAACGUGAGAAUGUAUAAGAGUGCGAGAUAAAAGUGAAAAAAGCAACGUAAAAAUAUAAUGGUUAGAGAGAGAGAGAGAGAGAGAGAGAGAGAGGGAGAGAGAGAGAGAGAGAGAGAGAGAGAGAGAGAGAGAGAGAGAGAGAGAGAGAGGGAGAGAGAGAGAGGUUGAGAGUAGCGUAUAAAAUAGAUAAAGCGGUAGACAUCAAAAGGAAAGGGGCAGAGAAACUCCAAAAGAAUCGCGAGAUCAAUGCGAUUCUCUCAUUACGAUAAACGAAUUGUCUUUGGUGCGAGAAGAGUAUGUCUUAUUAGUUGAAGGCAGAUUUAUUAAUUACUACUAUUAAUAUUAAUUAUCAGUAAACUCAAAGAAACACGUAUGUCCAACUCUGAUAUAAUACACACAAACGUACACGCCCGUACAUCCAUUCAUUACACAGUAAAUAGUACCGACAUAUAGAAAGAGUAAUACAAGACACAUGCUAUUAAUAUAACACGUGAGAUAUACACGAAACGGUCAAAGGGAAAGAUAACGAGCGAUAAGGAAUAGUAAUUGAAAAUAUUACAGGAGGAAAAGACGCGUGCGAGGGUAUACACGUUAAUAUUAUAAUGUAAUAAGUACUAAAGAAAAAGAUGAAAAAAAAAUGAAUUAAGUAACUCAUAUUAUGGUAUAUACGUUGCAUUGUCUCAUACACGUUCAAAGAGUACAAAUUCUGUAAGUCCCUGGUGUAUCAACGUCAACUGUUAGUGCGAAUUACAAUUUGGGCACAUGCGCUGUGAGUGAAGAGAAUUUCAAUGAAUGCGAACCUGAUAUGUGGUAAGAAAGAAACAGAGAGAGAGAGAGAGAGAGAGAGAGAGUGAGCGCAGGGUUUGAAUAUACGUGACAAGAGAGAGUGAGAGAGAAGGAAGGAUAAAGAUAAAUCAAGUAUAAGUGAGGAUGCUCAGGAGAAUGAAAGGAAAAAAAGAACUAGGAAUGCAUGAGAGGAUUGAAUCCUGGAAAAAGGAUUGGCCGAAAGUGGUAUCGACAAAAAGUAUGACUUGAAAGAAACUAAAGAUCAGUGGAAAUGGAAAGAUGAACGAUCCCCAAACCGUGAGGCUGUGUCUCGAAGAAAGAUCGAUCCGACCAGCCCCAAAGAUCUCGUUUAUGGGAUGGACUUCUCCUUCUCAAAAUGGACUCUCAUUAAGCGAUCCUUUUGAAAGGUCUACCGUAUGCGAGGACUUCCCGCUCGUCGAUGACAUCGGACUUUCUCGUUAUUAACGAGUAGAGGAAAAACCUAAAUACGGAGGGAAGAACAUUUUACAUUCAGUUAUUAGGAACGAAGAACCGUGGUAUUGCGCGUAGCUUUAAGACGAGUUAGAUAGACUGAUAUACAAAAAAGGCUUAACGAGUGAUGUCUGAAUAAACGAAGGAACUUUGGGGGAGGGGAGGAACAUUUACAAGACAAUGGCGAACUUUGGCGAAAGUCAUUUAUUCGGUGUGUCUAUCGUGUACCUGUAUAUCUACGCCAACCAUGAACUUGAAAGAUUUCUCUGCGAAUUUCAUGCGAUAGGCAAGAAAAUAAAAGGAACAGGCUUUUUUCCUCGAUUUUUGUACUGAAAGCUCGUUUAUCGAAACACGUGGGUACCUUUAAGCUCGCGAACGCACAUAUGAAAUUAACGAUUGAUCGGGCAGCUACGUGUUAAGAUAGUACGUGUUACUAGACACUUCGUGUGAGUGAUAAACGAUCGCCAACGAGACGAACAAUCGGCAGGGAUGACGAUUGAGAGAUGUUCUCCCUUUCUGUUUUUUUUUUUUUUUUUUUUUUUUUAUCUGUAGAGGAAGGGAGAAAAGAUAAAAAAAGGAGGGAUUAGGCGAAAAUAUAAAAACGGAAGUCAUAGCCACGAACGAAGCAGCGCAAAAGAUCAUUUUCAAUGUUUGAUGUAAGACGAUCUUUUUCUCCAGUUUUCACGAACAAUCAAAUCCCACCGAUCAGCGACCAAGCCGUGAAAUAUUUUCAACAAGGCAAGCCGCGAAUUUUAAUAUUAAAACAUAUUAAUACUAGUCAUUGUUGUAUCAACAAUGGGCUUACUACGUACAUAUACAUAGUUAAAUUAAUGCAAUCAUAUUGGUUGUUGCAGAACUAUCGCGGCAGACAUCCCAAUACCUGGUGGGAUUUGAUCUCAGGAGUGAAUCGGAGAGUUCUUUCGUUCUUAUGUCCUGCCCCCCUUGUUUCCCCUUUUAUUUUUUCAUGAAAUUGGGGUAGGGAACACACGAGUCAACGCGAACCACUCCCUGCUGGUUUCAUCCUUCUUUCACGGGAACCGUCCACCGCCUAACGCCCAGCCGUCCUUUGCCCAUUUCAAAAUUGGCUACUGAUUCAGUCACGUCCGUCUUUUUUUCUUUUUCAUCAACUUUCUUACACCGUACCUCCACUUCAGCUUCCUCCUACAAUUUCAAUUCGAUCAAACAGCACCCGACAGACACCCUACGUGACAUCUGUUAUACAUCCUCGAUACCCUGAAAUAGGAAAAAAUAGGGAAGAAGGUAAAAAAAAAUAAAAACUUGAACAGUCUACAUACUACUACUAUUAACGUAAUAUUGUAAACACGUGGUACAGUCGAUUGCAAGAAUUAUCAGUGUCUACAUUUACACUCUUGGAAAGCCAUAUAUUUUAUUUUUCCUUUUCUUUACUUUUGGUUCCGUCUUACUCUCCCGGGUGUCACGAAUCCUCUUUUCACCUGGUUACGUUCCACCCUUAGGUCCUGUCCGGAUUCCUAUCCUUCCUGGAGUUUUCAGUCUAACUCAAUGUCACCCUCCCAUCCUUGUGUCGUCAACGAAAUCGAAUCGGAUUGCCAUCGCGCUUGGAUUCUAACCUUGAUAGACACCUGGUUAAUCAGAAAGAUGGGGGGGGGGAGACAGAGGCUGAGAAAAAUAUACGAAAGAAAUUUAAAAAAAAGAAUUCUCUCGUUGGCUCUCGUUAGCACCCCGCGUCAAAUUCCAAGACGACGACCGAUCACGCAACUUAUUUUCAUUUAUAAGAUCGCCGGUUAGCAAUAAAUCCGUGAAAUAAGAUGAUUCACUGGUAAUCCGUCGAGACGAAAUCGUAUAUUCAUUCUAGAAGAAGGAGCGUAGUCAGGACGAAGAAAAAGGGAUGUAGAAAACAUGGUCGAAAGACUCGCACACGACAACGUCAAAAAUUAUAGCGUUUUCCCGAAACGAUGGAGGUCUUUUUUUUGAAUUUUGAAAAGGGCUGUAGGGGAACGAGUCAAAGCUAAAGUUUGAAGGUACCGAAUGAAAUGAGCGCCUGGGCGCACGGGACGAAUGGUUGAAGAGAAAGAAAACCAAAGAACAAACGAGGGAGCGUAUAAUAAGGCAAAGGAGGAAAAAUAUACGCGUAAUGAUGAGAAGGGCUCGAGAGUGUUUGAUUAAACUAAAGGGGGAAAAAAUCACACAGAAAUCUACAAAGUAUAUGAAAAUAAAAAUAAAUGGAUACAAAUGGAAAAAAAAACAUAAUUAAA